AUGUCUGACAAAAGAACAAUCUUGGUGACCGGCUGCUCAGAUGACAGUCUGGGCUCGGCAUUGGCUCUGGCUCUGCACGCCCAUGGAUGGCGUGUCUUCGCUUCUGCACGCAACCUCUCCAAGUUGAAAGCCACCGAGGCUGCCGGGAUCGAGAGUGUGACAAUGGACGUCUGCUCGGACGAGUCUGUCUCUGCCGCGGUGGAACAUGUCAAGAAGCUGACGGGCGGCUCCCUCGAUGGCCUCCUCAACAACGCAGGAGGCGCCUACAGCUCACCCGUUAUCCACAUAGAUAUCGCAAAGGCCCGCAAGGUUUACGAACUGAACGUCUUUUCCGUCGUCAGAGUCACACAGGCCUUUCUCCCGCUUCUUCUCGAGUCACAGCACGGCGCCCUGAUCGCAAACAACACCUCAGGCAAUGGCAUCCUUGGAUGCGGAUCGGCAUUCACAGGAGCAUACAAUUCCUCAAAGGCCGCAGCUUCCAGCUUGACCGAGGCACUACGACUGGAGCUCCAGCCCUUUGGAAUCAAAGUCGUUAAUCUUAUUACCGGAGGUGUCAAGUCGACCUUCUUUAAAAACGCCCCCGACCACAUUCUCCCAGCCGACUCAAUGUACAAUAUUGCAAAGGAGGCCAUUGAGGGGCACAUGGGAGGCAACCAAACGGAACACAUUGAUGCUGCAACCUGGGCAAAGCAAGUAGUGAAGGAUAUCAGCCAGAAGAAGCCGCCGCAUCUGGUGUAUAGGGGAACCAUGUCCGGCACGGCAAAGCUUGUGUCAAUCCUACCUAUUGGCACUGUGGAUAAUAUCCACAAGAAGAUGUCUGGGAUUGAUGUUCUGGAGAAGAACAUCAAGGAAAAGGGGGGGCUUGCCAGGGUUAAGCAGGAAUUGGCAAAGUAG